CACAGUUAGCGUGUUCAGAACAUGUCACACAGGAAAUUCUCUGCUCCGCGUCACGGUUCUCUCGGAUUUACACCUAAAAAGCGUUGUCGACGCAUCCGAGGAAAAUGCAAGGCAUUCCCGCGAGACAGAAGAUCUCUCCCACCUCAUCUGACUGCUUUCAUGGGAUAUAAAGCAGGAAUGACUCACAUUGUUCGUGAAGUUGACCGACCUGGAUCCAAGGUUCACAAGCGUGAGGUUGUCGAGCCAGUAACUAUAAUGGAAUGCCCACCUAUGGUAAUCGUUGGGAUGGUCGGGUACGCACCAACCGCCAAGGGUUUAAGGACUUUUAAAACUGUAUGGGCAGAACAUCUUACUGAAGAAUUCAAACGUCGGUUCUACAAGGACUGGUGCAAGUCUAAGAAAAGAGCUUUCCUUAAAUCCUCCAAGAAAUGGUUAUGUGAAGCGGGUCUUGCUCAGAUUAAACGUGAUCUGAAAAAAAUCAAAAAGUACUGUACAGUUGUUCGAGCGAUUGCACACACACAGAUGCGCCUGAUGAAACAUCGUCAAAAAAAGUCACAUAUCAUGGAAAUACAAGUAAACGGUGGGACUGUGUCACAGAAAGUCGAUUGGAUUCGUCAACAUUUCGAGAAGCAGAUAUCUGUUUCAAACGUGUUUUCGCAAGAUGAAAUGAUUGAUGUUAUAGGUGUCACCAAGGGUAAAGGUUUUAAAGGCGUCACUUCUCGCUGGCACACCAAAAAGCUUCCUCGUAAAACGCACAAAGGUUUGCGUAAAGUGGCUUGUAUUGGAGCGUGGCAUCCUGCACGUGUUGCAAGAUCAGUUGCUAGGGCUGGUCAAAAGGGCUACUUCCACAGAACGGAGCUAAACAAGAAGAUCUACAAGAUUGGGAUGGGUUUGCAAGCUCAGUUAGAGGUUGCGAAGGCAGAAGCCUCUAAAGAUGAUAAUGAUAAAAACGCAGUACCAAAACCUAAAGGCAAUGCGUCGACGGAGUUCGACUUAACGGCUAAAAACAUCACACCUAUGGGUGGUUUCCCACAUUACGGUGAAGUCAGAAACGAUUAUGUUAUGAUCAAGGGUUGUUGUAUGGGUCCUAGAAAGCGUGUCAUAACCCUUAGGAAAACAUUAAUACCUCAGGUUAAGCCACGAUCAAGGGAGAAGAUUGUUCUUAAAUUUAUUGAUACAUCAUCCAAGUUUGGUCAUGGUCGGUUCCAGACUCGUGCAGAAAAACAGGCUACUAUGGGUCCUUUGAAGAAGAGUCUAGGACGCACGAAGGUUGCCGCAUGAUUGUGAUUUCCUACAAUAAAAUUAUGAUUGGGUUCACCUUGUAUCUAAACUUGCUGUAAACUAGUGAUUUACUCAUCAGGCUGUACUGUUGUUUCAAGUUAAUUGUAUGCACAACCUACCUGCUCUACUUAUAUUCGAAGGCCGGUAUCUUAAAUAAUAAUGCUUAUUAUUUAUUGAUUGUUAUACGUGGUCCCGUAUUCAUUGGUUGGGUUGUCUUAAAAAGCAAACGUUUCAUAGUAUGGAAAUUUCGAGUUCUGAAAGUGUUUUUAGCAUUAGUGUUAUUGAUUAACCAACUACGGAUAUAAACUGAAGAAUGCUAACCUCUCUUUCACGUUUCAAAGGCCAGUGUGUUUGCAGUUUUCGUGCCGAAGUUGAUAUAUAGUAUCUCUUGAACGGUUAGUUAUUAUACACGAUGUAGGGUGACGUCUCUAAAAUAGAUCCCUGUUCUAGCAACAUUUUUCAUUAGCUCCAUGAAGUGUGUCCUCAACUAAUAUUUUCCAGGUAGGAAUGUCUUAGACGGUGUAGUUGCUUACUAACCAACAUAUUGUACGGAGGUACAAACAGCAUUAUACUACUAUCACUGUGUUCGAUUAAUUCGGACUGUUGAAAUUGACACGUCUUGUUAACUUAGUUUAAAAUUCAGUUUCAAAUAAAACUGCCUCCCGGUUAGCGUAUUUGUCCAAGGAUGUUAUCAGGGUCACUCCGAUUGUAUGUUGGCAGUAUGAGUUUGCUGAUGAUACAGAGCGCCGAUGGAUUAACAGCCACAAGGUACGAACUUUAAGUGGAUCGCAUAAGGUCAGUAUGUCAAGUCCGGGGUACUUGUCCUUUCCACCAUCACGAGCUUUAGUUUGUCGUCUUGAAGUAAUUUGUGAUUCAAAUUUUUCCCUACAAUUUUAGAGGACGCUUUUGCCUUAAAUCCCCACAGUGGUUACUGUUCAUAAUACUCAUUACUGUACAGUCGUGGUUCUUCUGCGGCUCGUCUAAAAGGUUGAUAAUUACAAUUAGCUACACAAUACUUUGUGUCCUGAAUGUUUUUGUUCAUCGUUUCAUACUAGUGAAUUGGGACGAUCUAUUAAUAUUGCUGUCGAUUCAUCUAUUAUUAAAUCUAGCUAGCGGGGACAACUCGUAGGUGUCGUUUUCAUUAGUAUCCAGUUUAUUAGGUUUUCAGCAGUGAAUCAAGAUGUGUGCCCUCCCACGACCGUUGCCUCUAUUUUGGCGUGCUGGUCGGACUUGCUUAUCGUAAAGAAUCAGUCGAGACAAAGUAGCUGGGACAACCAUUCCUCAAAGUCCUACUGUGUCAGACACAGUUGAGCAGUAGCGUCCAAAUUAACAAACUCGUCUGAGUGGGGGGGGUCGUCAUGCUGACUGUACAGGGGUGUGACG